AUGGAAUUGGGAGGUCAUGUAAAGUUGUCUUCAAUCAAACAGGAAAAUGAAGCUGUGGAAGAUGACCUACCUGCGGUCGAUGCCGCCGACAGCUUGGAAUUCAUGGAACCUUGCGUGGAAAUCAAGGCAGAGCCGGAGGCUCAGCCAGAAUUCAUAGAUCCUGAUAAGAUCGAUGUGAAGUAUCCAUGCACGGCCUCAGUCAAACUUGAGAAAGAUCCACUAAGCUGCGACGAAGAGUAUGCUAAGGAGAUUAAGGAAGGAGAUGAUGACGUACAGACGAACGAGACUCCAAAGGACAUUCCCGAGAUACCCUUUGUCUCAUGCGGGGAACUGCUAGAACCAGAAUGGCCUUCGGAAAGCCGUGGAAAUGCAGACAGAGGCAGAGACCCAGCACUUGCCGGGAAGAAGGUGUUCACCUGCUCCGUGUGCCAGCACCGUUCCACCGGCUUCAGCCACUUCGAGAUCCACAUGAGGACCUACACGGGCGAGAAGCCCUUCUCCUGCACCGAAUGCAACCGCAGCUUCUCAUUUUCGCACAUUCUGAGGAGACAGAUGAAGGUCCACCACAUCAUAGAAUCUAAUAAGUAA